AAAGAUUUGAGACAAAUUUUGUGUAUUGGUUCCUUCCCCAAACAUUUCUUCUUCUUCGAUUCAUUUCAAUCAGAGUUGAAGCAUGGAAGAUAAUAAACUACGUUUGGCACUCGGAAUAGCAGGGAAUUUGACUUCUGUGCUACUUUAUGCAGCUCCCAUAAUAACUUUUAGAAGGGUUAUAAGGAAGCAAAGCACUGAGGAAUUUUCUUGUGUCCCUUAUGCUGUUACUCUAUUGACUGCUGUAUUGUACUUUUGGUAUGGUUUGCCCAUUGUUAGCUACAAAUGGGAAAAUAUCACUGUGGCCACCAUUUGUGGUGUAGGGGUACUUCUUGAGUCAUCCUUCAUUCUCAUUUAUUUUUGGUUUGCUUCACCAAAGAGAAAGAGGAUUGUUAUUCUAAUGGUGGUUGGUCUGAUCAUAAUGAUCUCGAUCAUUAUAUUAGUCUCGGCAUUCACAUUGCAUGAUCACCAUCAUCGGAAGGUUUUCGUAGGGAGCAUUGGGCUUGUGGUCGCUACGGCGAUGUAUGGUUCCCCCUUGGUUGUAGUGAAGAAAGUGUUACAGACAAAAAGUGUGGAAUUCAUGCCAUUCUACUUAUCCUUGUUCUCAUUCCUUAAUAGUUCACUCUGGGGACCAUAUGGACUACUGGCCCAUGAUCCUUACAUUGCGCUCCCAAAUCUAUUGGGUGUACCCUUAGGCUUCUUCCAGCUUGUGCUAUACUGUGUUUACCUGAAAAGGAAAACUCACCAAGAACCCAUGAGCGAAAUGGAUUUAGAGAAGAAUGGUGAAAUUAAGAAGAGCAAUCAGUCCAACUGAAGCCGAGAAGGGCUAGAGUUUUUAUUAUAUUUAUCAACAUAACAAUCAAACUUUGCUGUUUGUGCUUUUAAUUUUCGC